UUGUGUAGAUAGAAAUGUAAAAUUGUAUCGUUUUUUAAAAACAAUGUAAACUAAUGUAAAAAUGCUUGUAAUGAAUAAUAAUCUUAAACAAUUUAAAAAUAUAUAUUUUCUUUCUUUUUUAAUUUUUUAAAAGACUCCCUUCUUAAAGCUUCGGCUCGGCCCACAGGCGGUGACGUAACGUGCAAAGCAACAAACAUGGCUGCGCUCUUAAGCAGCGUGAGUCUGGAGAUAACACUGUUUAUGGGCCGAAGUUCGUAUUUAACGGGGUCUAACAGCGUCGUGGUAAACUCCAAACGGUUCAUCCGAGGUUUGAGGCGGAGACCAGUGGCUGUGCUGCAUCCAGGCGGCGAACGUGAGACUCGAAUAAAGUCAAACCAGACAGCUGACAAAAGCAGACAGACUCAGAGGGACUCGGUGAGGACAGACUCGGAGAGAAGCAGCAGACGACAAGCUGAAGAAACGACUUUCCACACAGGAGCAGCCGCGAGGAACCCGGGCCAUGGCUCCAAAUCCACAGCGGAGACUUUCUACUCCAGUGUGAGAGAGCAGCUGGGUGGGCUGCGAUUCGAAAAAGCUCAACCUGGAGACAAGAGACUGGCGAAGGUGGUGAGUAUCGCCCGGUCCAGAGCGUUUCGUGAGCAGCAGGGUAAAGUUCUGCUGGAGGGAAGGCGUCUGAUCUGCGAUGCUCUGGCUGCUGGAGCUGCUCCUCAGACACUGUUCUUCAGCCGAGUGGAGCGGCUCUGUGAGCUUCCCCUGGACAAGCUGCGCCAGGCCUCGCUGGUCAAGGUCAAGUUUGAAGACAUAAAGAUCUGGUCUGAUCUAGUCACUCCACAGGGUGUUAUAGCCAUUUUCUCAAAACCAGAUACAUCCCGCCUUUCAUUUCCUAAAGACCUGCGACUUCAGACUGUCCCUUUGUUCCUGAUCUGUGAUAAUGUACGGGACCCUGGCAAUCUGGGGACCAUCCUCCGCUGCGCUGCUGCAGCUGGCUGUGAUCGCGUUCUCCUCAAUAAAGGCUGUGUGGACGCCUGGGAGCCGAAGGUGCUCCGUGCUGCAAUGGGGGCUCAUUUCCGGCUCCCUAUAUUCCCAGGUUUGGACUGGAAUGAUAUUUCAGAGCACUUGCCGAAGCCAGUGACCGUACAUGUGGCAGAUAACACCAACAAGCUUAUGGUAAGGCAAGAUGCUGAGGCAGUACCUCAGGAUGUUGAAAAGCCAGGAGAUGUGGGCUGGGUUUGCAACAGGGGCAACAGCAGUGAUAAACACUUGGAGGAAUAUGUUGAAUCAGACUCUGAUGCCGAUUCCAACUCUGAUGAUGACUCAGACUCUGAUGAUGAACAGUCUCUACCAUAUUUGGAGCCAAAGGCGUACCAUGAGAACUGGGCCCAGAGAAGCACAGCUCUGGUCAUUAGUGGAGAAACGUACGGACUGAGCUCAGAGGCUCUACAGCUGGCUGAGGAGACUGGUGGUCAUAGACUGUCUAUACCAAUGGCUCCAAGAGUGGAGAGUCUGAAUUCAGCAAUGACUGCUAGCAUUCUCCUGUUUGAAGGCAGGAGACAGCUGAUGAAUUUGACACAGAAAGCCAGCAGAAGAGCAAGAUCUGUGAUCCUCCGGUAGCUUUAUUAUUUCAGUGUGAAAAUACUGUUUAGGGGUGCACAGUGAUACCAAAAUCAUAUCAGUAUUAGCAGAUAUUUGCUUUACAAAAAAAUACUGGCACCAGAGAGAUGUUUAGAUUUGACCAAUAUUACAAACUGAUAUUUGAUGACGUAUUUAUUGUACCCCAGAAGAGUAGAGUGUUUAUAAAUGAAAAAAUAUCUGCGUUUUAUUUAUGUUACUGCAUUUCUAACCCUACAGAGAAACAUGUUCAUUUUCUCUAAAUACUAAUCCAGGUAGAUGGAGUCCCGAAUUCCACAUUUUAGAAUGUUUAUGUAUCAGCAUUGGCUUUAGAGGUGAGCAAUAUGACGAUAUUUACUUUUGUAAUUAUAAAUUACGUCACAUGCUUUUCUGAGAUAUUGCAGAAAAUUGCAGUACUUGAACACUGAUCAGCUGCGUGUUUCAUUACAACAAGAGCAUAAUUAGUCCUGUUUAAUUAGAUUUAAAGAGGCCAGGUAAUGUUCAGAAACAGGGCCAGGGUCCAGCGGCAUCGUUCCCAUUAGAGCGCUUUUUACAUUUUAGCAUGAAAUUCUGAGACUAAAACACAGGGGUAAUUGCUGAGUUCAACAUCUAUGCAAAUACAAUAUAUGUCCAAAUACUAGACUGUUUUCUAGGUAUUUUGAUGUAGUUGUUGUUUACCAUACCAAGGUCAAAGGGUCAGUGUGUAUGAAAUGUCAGAAAUGUUCUGUGUGUUUGGUCCUUGAUAAUCGUCUCUUGUGAUGUAAUUUGUAGGUCAUUUAGCUCUCACAGCGGUUAGAGUUCCCAGAAAUCAAUGUGUUCUGCAUCAAUUUCAGACACAAACUAAAUGAAAGCUGAUUGUCCUGGUUGCUAACAAUACUUUACAUCUUUUUUCACCCACCAUUCGAAAGCUAUUGAAGAAGGAAUCUGAGUAUGCGGACAUGAAACCCAACUUCAGUGCUCACAAAUCGUGGCUCUCUUGUCACGUUUCGGUGGUGUUAUCUUAGUUCUGAUUAUCCAAUAAAAAUGAAGUAUAUCUGUCGGUUGGUCGAAUGAUGACUUAACUGCUGCUAUGCUGUGUUUGGUAAGAGGAGGGAUUCUCUCAGAAUUGUGUACUGCAGGAGACCCCCCCCCCUUCCCCUAAAUUAAAAACUCAACAUAUAUAUGAUUCACAUCAAAAGCAUAUUGAGCAUUCAAAGUGGCAAAUUCUGCUGAAAGGCAAGAAAAUUGCAUGCAUGAGUAAAGUGCAUUGUGUUAAAUGUUGAAUAAAAAACACUGUCUUCCUGG